CGGACGACCCUCCGAACUAAUCCUCCUGGCGACUGCAUUGCAACCCGCGAGGUCAGUCAAUGCCUCCUUCAUAAACCCACCGCGCUCCUCCGUGAGCUAUGUACUCGACGGCAUAAAGGGGUAGGAACCACACCGUAUGACUGCAGGACAAGGAUUCCGCCCCAGCUGAACCACGGAAAACCUUGUCUUAACCUGCCGGAACAUCUCCGCGGGACGAUGAAGACAUGAACGGUGUCCCACCAGAGGGGAGGCUCUCUGUCUAGAAUGCUAAAGAGUCCACCACGACCACGACUAUCGACGGGAAACGGAUCCUACUCUAUCUAUCUACUACGCUGCCCGGUUCCAGGCACUAGACUCAACAAUGGACAAUGGCAUUGCAUCCAAUCCAGUCCAGCCCGCCAUUGCCCGGCACUACCGAGUAGUAGCAUCCCAGCCCGAACGACAGAUACACGUUCUCUCUCCACUCGUUUCGGAGCCUGCAUGGCCUGGCGGACGGACCACCACCAGACGACCAGCGGACCAGGACGUACGUAGUAAGCCCGUCGAAUAGGGCAUAACUCGACCACGGAGGCAGUGACGACUCACCCUGGGCGGAUCUUCGGCUGGGUCUGACCUUGCGGUGGAUCUCUCUCGUUGCCAGUGUGCCGCGGCCGAGUCAACCUGCCUUCGCCAGUAGCAAGGAGGGAAGCAUGGCGGGCGAGGACCAAGUGGACGAUGGAUUGUUGGGAACAGACAACCCAGACAAACAGGGGCAGGGCAGGGAAGCAUGCAUCGAAGAAUCAGAAACAGUUCCCCGGGGACCCGGGACAG